UGGGAGACAUUCCUUGCCAGAACAGCCGUUCGAGCUGACGGGAGGGGCGGGACAGAGGGCUACCUAACGAUCGGAAAGUAGCAGCCUGGGUAGCAGACCUCAUUUCUUUGGAGGUGUAGAUCGGCCAAACUCGACGACAAUCUUUCAGUUGAAUGGGUCAACCCCGCUGUGGAUCCUUUAAAUGGGCUUUUUAGCGCGCCAUCCAUAGCAAGUCCUAUUUUCCAGUUAAAAGAACUGAAGAGAAAGAAAGCAGGUUUAAGGGGAAUAAUCCGAGCGAGAGAAUUUAGCUUUUUUUCCCCCAUCAAUCUAAUGAUUCAGACUGGCAAGUAAACAAGGACAAACUGCAUGUGUAACUGUUUAGGGGAGACUCAAGGAAAGACAUAAUGACUGAGAAAGAAUCGGCAACAGACAACAUAAUAGCAGAUGCAAUGGCAACUCCCUCUCCAGCAAAGAGCAUGGGUGACCCUGGCAUCACCCCACUGUCACCCUCACACAUUCAGCAAAAUGACACGGACUCGAAUGCCCACACGGGACCUUCGUUCAUUGUGGUGGUUGCUGUCGACUUUGGUACCACUUCCAGCGGCUAUGCUUACGCCUUCACUAAGGAGCCAGAAUGCAUUCACACCAUGAGACGCUGGGAGGGCGGCGACCCCGGAGUAUCCAAUCAGAAGACGCCUACCACCAUCCUCCUGACCCCGGACAGGAAGUUCCAUAGUUUUGGCUACGCAGCACGUGACUUUUACCAUGACCUGGAUCCAUCCGAGUCCAGGCACUGGCUCUACCUGGAGAAGUUCAAAAUGAAACUCCACACCACUGCGAAUCUCUCCAUAGACACAGAACUCCAUGCAGCCAAUGGAAAGAGAGUAAAAGCUAUUGAUAUUUUUGCAUACGCUCUGGCGUUCUUCAAGGAGCAAGCACUUAAGGAGUUAAGUGACCAGGCGGGUGCAGAGUUUGACAACACAAACAUCAGAUGGGUCAUCACAGUGCCAGCCAUCUGGAAAAUGCCAGCCAAGCAGUUCAUGAGGGAGGCAGCCUACAAGGCUGGUCUGGUUCCCCGUGACAUCCCAGAGCAGCUGAUCAUCGCCCUUGAGCCUGAGGCAGCCUCCAUCUACUGCCGCAAGCUCCGCCUCCACCAGAUGAUUGACAUUGGCACCAAGAACACCCAGAAUGGUUUCAGCCCCACUGAGAAUGUGGGGGCAGGGAUGACCCAGGCCAAGGAGCAUGUCCGGAGCAAACGGCAGAGCCGCACCUUUUUGGUGGAAAAUGUCAUAGGGGAGCUUUGGUCGGAGUUGGAAGAAGGUGACCGCUAUGUGGUGGUUGACUGUGGUGGCGGAACGGUUGACCUCACGGUCCAUCAGAUACAGCUCCCCGAGGGACAUCUCAAGGAGCUCUAUAAGGCCUCAGGCGGUCCUUAUGGCUCCAUUGGUAUUGACUAUGAGUUUGAGAAGCUCCUGUGUAAGAUCUUCGGGCCCGACUUCAUCGACCAGUUUAAGAUCAAGCGGCCGGCUGCCUGGGUGGAUCUGAUGAUCGCGUUUGAGUCCAGGAAACGGGCGGCGGCCCCGGACAGGACCAACCCCCUGAACAUCAACCUGCCCUUCUCCUUCAUCGACUACUACAAGAAGUUCAGAGGUCACAGUGUGGAACACGCCCUGCGCAAGAGCAAUGUGGACUUUGUGAAGUGGUCCUCCCAGGGCAUGCUGAGAAUGAACCCUGAUGCCAUGAAUGCCCUCUUCAAGCCCACAAUAGACCACAUCAUUCAGCACCUCACUGACCUCUUUGAUAAACCAGAGGUGUGUGACAUCAAGUUCCUGUUCCUGGUGGGCGGCUUCGCUGAAUCGCCGCUGCUGCAGCAGGCGGUGCAGAACAUGCUGCAUGGCCGCAGUCGCAUCAUCAUCCCCCAUGACGUGGGCCUCACCAUCCUCAAGGGGGCUGUCCUCUUUGGCCUGGACCCCGGCGUCAUCAAGGUGCGCCGCUCGCCCCUCACCUACGGCGUGGGCGUCCUCAACCGCUACAUAGAGGGCAAGCACCCGCCCGACAAGAUGCUGGUGAAGGACGGCACGCGCUGGUGCACUGAUGUCUUCGACACCUUCAUUGCGUGCGACCAGUCCGUGGCCCUGGGCGAAACGGUGAAGCGCAGCUACACGCCCGCCAAGCCCAGCCAGCAGGUCAUCGUCAUCCACAUCUACUGCUCGGAGAAGGAACGCGUGUGCUUCAUUAGCGAGCCGGGCGUGAGGAAGUGCGGCACUCUGCGGCUUGAUGUGACCGGUACGGAAACCAGCGCCGCACGCCGUGAGAUCCAGACGCACAUGCAGUUCGGGGACACGGAGAUCCGGGCCAUGGCGGUGGACGUGGCCACCUCUCGUACUGUCAAGGCUAGCAUCGAUUUCCUCGCUCAGUAAAUAGGGUGACAGAACCAUAGGGUCAAAAGGUCCUAGGAAGUGAAACCUCCAGCAGCACAGCACACAAUGAACCAGGGGACAGUGCCUAGAAUGCUGUAGCAGUAUAUUGAUCUUUAGGCCUGUUCAUAUUCCCUGUAGCAUGAUUAGUGCUAGUUUGUUUCUGCUUUAGCUAACUCCUUGGUCAGAAACAAACAAGCACUCAGGUUUUCUACCAUCUGUGUAUGUACUGUGUCUAGUCUUAAAUGCAGGCUAUAUUGAUGUGCUCUGCUCUAGAGAUUUACAGAUUUGCAGAUAUUACUACUGACACAUGCAGCCUUGUUUCAGGUUCAUUGUGUGUUAUCUGUUGUUGUGUGCUGUAGCUGUUUUAGGUCAUGGUAGAUGGAUACUGUAGUACUCCUCUUACAGUGACAACAUCAUGCUAUGACAUAAUGCUGCACAAACCUCAGUGUCCUCUUCAACCCUGGCUCAUGGGACCGUGUUUUCAUAACUCCUAUGAUUAUUAAGACAUUUAAAACCGAACCCCUGGGGCUUCCAUGAACAUGCAGUUAUACGGUGAGGGAAAAAAAGUAUUUGAUCCCCUGCUGAUUUUGUACAUUUGCCCACUGACAAAGAAAUGAUCAGUCUAUAAU